CAGUUGAAACUCUCCCUGAGAGAUACAAUUAUUCUCUGUCUCAUAGCAUCUGAAAUAAAAAGGCUGUGGAAACCUGUAUACACAAUUGUAAGCAUAGGGAGUCUUAAAAUCGAAAUUAUUUCCACUUUCUCUCCUUAUAAAGUAUCACAGGGAAGCUGCACAUCUAAUUUUAGACAUUGGACGGAAUGGACAUCAUCCUUAUCUCCUCACUGCUGGGUGUAGCCGCAUUUGUUGUCCAAGCUGCUCCAUCUAAAGAGACUCUGAAGGUCAGUGUGUCUGUGUGGCCUCCGGGGUCAAACUUGUACCUCGGUGAGUGUGUGUUGCUGCAGUGCACAGUGCAGUCAAACUCCAGUUUUGUGUGGAGCUACCAGUGGUUCAGGCAAAAGCCACACACUGCUCCGACCCCAAACCCCAGGCACCUGGUCUCCGGUGACAGCUACUCCAUCACCGCGGUAACAAGGGAGGACGCGGGAAGCUUCUGGUGCCAAGCUGAGCGGUGGGAGGGCAACACCACCUCUGUGUUGCUCCUCAGCCAGCCGGCUACACUCAGUGUGUCAGAGCUAUCUCCUCCCUCACUGAUUCUGACUCCCAGCACCAGACAGAUCUUCGGAGGAGAGAAUUUUACUGUUCAGUGCCCCGUGUCUCAGACUAACUCUUCAGGCUGGAUGCUUAGGCAAUUCUCUCCGGGCCGCAGAGUGAGGAAAAGAGUCCUCCACAUAGACCAUUGUUCACCACUAGGGGGUGCUGUCAGUACAGACAAGUCUGACAGGUGUGCGUUCACUGCUGUCAGCGGAAAUAGUGGACUGUACUGGUGUGAGGGCGCUGAGGGCCGCAGCAACGCAGUCAACAUCACAGUAAGCUACGGUGCCAUCAUCUUGAAGACUCCUGCCUUCCCUGUAUUUAAGGGCAGUAAAGUGGUCUUGUAUUGUCAGUACUCGACAGGCAAUCACAGUAAAACAACCUUCUUUAAAAAUGGAGCAGAAAUCUUCCCUUACACUUCUUCCGGUUCAGACAGAGUAAUAAAUAUGACUAUUCUGAAUGUGACAGAGGAAGACGAAGGCUUCUAUAAGUGUGCGUCUCAGGACAGAAGGUUGGAGAGUCCAGAGAGCUGGUUAUCAGUGAGACUUGACCGAGGCAACUUCACGUCAACAGAUGGGACCGCAACCUCCACGAGUGGCUCCUGGAAAUGGAUUGUUUCAGUCAUUGUUUCAUGUGGACUUUUGUGCCUCAUUCCUCUAACUGUUGGGCUGAUUCGUCACUACAGGUACCAGACGUUUUGCACCCGCAGCUGUUGGCCAGUUUCCAAAGAGGAUCUACCAGCAGUGGAGCUUCCUGCGACCAAGCAGGACGCAACAGAAGUGCAGUGGGACCUGUCCUGGAUGGAGAUGUCCAAUCUGCUGGAUAAGCAGUUAUAUCCGGGCACUUAAAGGAUCACCCUCACAUAAAGAAUAAAGAAAAUACUAAAUGGAGUUCAGUCAGUGCUGCUUCUGACAUACAUACAUAAAAAAUAAAUAUUAACAAGAAAUAAAUAGUCAGCAUAGAUAUUUAUAAAUAAUAUUCAAAUCAUGCAAGUCUGGAGUCUUUUUGGAUGAAAAUCUUACUUGAAAAUACAAACGUUUGUUCACUGAUCUACUUUACUUUAACUUUCUAUUACUGUUUAAGUUAUCCCUAUAUUACCAGAUGUAAAGUUUUUAGGGUGUUACUAACUCAUCCUACCUUGACAAGAAACUUUAAAUUCUAAAAAAUGAAAAUGGUAAAAGCAGCUAUGACUCUCCUGUCUCACUGUUAAGAAUAUUGAAUAUUUAUAAUGUUAAUAUUUAAAAAAUGUUUUUAUGCAUUUGAUUGUACCUCCUGAUAUUUUACUAAAUGUAUUUAAUAUGUAAUGUAAUGUUAAAAUGACAAAUGAUAUAUUGCAUUAAAUAUAGACGUCCCUCUCUCAUCAUCUACUUCAUUACAGAACAUGUCUUCAAGACAUCUAACUUACAUUGCCAAA